AUGCCCAAUGGGGCCGGCCAGGACCCAGUGCCCCGGUCGCGGGUCCGUGAUCUGGCCCGAAGGUUCGAAGAAAUCAGCACGGCACCUUUUCCGACCCCGGCCAAGCCGGCGAAGCGCAUUGGGAAAUUCCGGAUACAGGCGCCAAGCGAACCCGUAAAAGUGGGCCUGGCCCGGAAACGAAGCUCCCUCAAGAAGAAGUCGCUCAGCUCGUACGAAAUCUUCCAAGGCAGUGGGUUC